AGAGAGGAUACAAGCCAUGGAGAAACAGAUUGCCAGUUUAACUGGUCUUGUUCAGUCUGCGCUUUUUAAAGGGCCAAAUACAAGUAAUAGCAAAGAUGCUUCUAGUGAGAAGAUGAUGUUGAAAGUUGUGUCCAGCAAGAGCAGCAUUGACACUGCAGGCGCUGCUAACGUAUCUGGGGGGAAGAACACAUUGGCAACUGUGGAGUCAGCUGUCAUCCAUCACCCUGCUGGAGCCCCAUCAAUGCAAGUCAGCCUGCAUGGUAUGAAACGCAACGUGUCAGAUCUGCGGCUGCAGCUGCAUCAGAUGAAGCAGCUACAGCUGCAGAACCAGGAGAUGCUGAGGGCAAUGGUGAAGAAAGCGGAGCUGGAAAUCAAUGGCAAAAUGCUUGAAACAGUGAAGAGGCUUGAAGAUCCUGUGCAGCGACAGCGCAACCUGGUGGAACAAGAAAGGCAGAAAUAUCUCAACGAGGAAGAAAAGAUUGUAAAGAAGUUAUGUGAGCUGGAGGCAUUUGUUGAAGACCUGAAGAGGGACUCCGCUGCUUCGAGUAAGACAGUUACACUGAAAGAUGUUGAAGACGGAGCCUUUCUUUUGCGUCAAGUGGGAGAAGCUGUUGCCACCCUGAAAGGAGAGUUCCCGACAUUGCAGAAUAAAAUGCGUGCGAUCCUCCGGAUUGAGGUAGAAGCUGUGAGGUUCCUAAAGGAAGAACCACACAAACUAGACAGCUUGCUGAAACGUGUGCGCAGCAUGACUGAUGUCCUUACCAUGCUCAGGAGACAUGUUACAGAAGGACUGCUGAGGGGUGUGGAUCCAUCCCAAGCCGUGCAAUACUCUGCUAUGGAAAAGGCCACUGCAGCUGAUGCUCUGAAAAACCAGGAGGAGUUCAAGCAUGCCCAGGGACCUGCACAGCAAAACCUCACAGCAAUCACAUCGGAGUCCCAGGUGUCAUCAGUCAAGUCAGAAGUCGUCCCCUUCUCAACAAUGACGGUCCAUCAUGUACAGAGCUCGCCUGUUGUCAUCCAUCAGUCUCAGCACUCAUCGGCCCUGGUCAACCAUGCCCAGGGUUCACCCACUGCAGCCAGCCACAGUGAAGGUGUGCCGGCGGGUGGCCAUCUCUCGGCCACCUCACCAGCCCCCCCACAAGAGCCCGCAACAGGAUCCCAGCCAACACAAGCCACGCCAGCACCACAGGUCUCUGUCAAUGGCACCACCAUGCAAAGUCUUUUCAUUGAGGAAAUUCACAGUGCAAGUACCAGAAACCGAGCUGUAUCAAUUGAGAAAGCUGAAAAGAAAUGGGAAGAGAAAAGACAAAACCUCGAUCACUAUAAUGGAAAGGAAUUUGAAAAGCUCUUGGAAGAGGCCCAGGCCAAUAUAAUGAAGUCAAUUCCUAACCUGGAGAUGCCUCCUCAGCCAGCAGCCCUGCCUAAAGGGGAUGCAGUGGAAAAACUAGAAGUCUCAGAAGAAGUUCCUGAUGGAGAACAGGAUAAUGACAAACUGACCAAGUCUCCACCUCCUCCACCUCCGCGGCGCAGUUACCUGCCAGGUUCAGGACUAACCACAACGAGAUCAGGAGAUGUCGUCUAUGCAGCCAGAAAAGAGGCUGCUGCUGUCAAGGAAUGCAGUGAAGAUGCUGGGCAAAUAGCACAACCCAAAGCCCCUAAAGAGGAUCAGGCAUUGUCUCGGAGCACAGGGCAUGCUGUAGCAUCAGCUGCAAAAGAUGAAGAGGAAGAGGAAGGAGAUAAAAUAAUGGCAGAAUUACAGGCUUUCCAGAAGUGCUCUUUUAUGGAUGUAAACUCAAACAGUCAUGCUGAACAGUCCAGAAAUGAUACACAUGUUAAAGACAUAAGGCCUGGAACUUUAAUGCAUCACAAGGAAAAGAAGGUGUAUGGGGCUACAACAGGAUCUCUCACAGAUAGUGACCAUCCUAAAGAGAAGAGGGAAGGGAAAACUGAAGAAGAAUUGGGUUCUGAUUCAUCCAGCACAGCUGACAGUAAAAUUGGCUUUUCAAUGAAUGACAGUCCUACAUUUAGCAAGGGGUUGUUUGUAGACAGUAGAGACUAUUCUAAGAAAAACCUCCAGAAUAUGAGCACAAACCUGUCUGGUGUCAGUUUGCCAGAGGAUGACAAACAAAGAGGGGCUCAAGAUAUUUUAGGAUCCCAUUUUCCAGCCAUUGAAACUGGAAAACAAAAGCCAAACUAUGGACUCUCACGAGAUGCGCGCCAGGGCCUGCUGCAGGGUGAAGCCAUGCAGAGCGCGGGCAAGCAUAUCUCCAUCAGCAGUGUUGCCCCUCUCAUGAUGCACACACAGGAGACUGUGGGGCCUCAACCUUCCUCGCAGGAGCAAGAAACUUCUGCAGUCAACUACAAUCAGGUUGUGCUAAGACCCAGAGCGUCCAGAAGUAACAGUGUGAGCAGCAUUGAAGAGACAGACUUUCCAGCUAACUCUCCAAGUGAAGACAACCCACCCACAGAAAACAUCGCCUUCAUGAUUACUAAAACAGCUGUCCAGGUCCUCUCAAGCGGGGAAGUUCACGAUAUAGUCAGCCGAAAAGGUGGAGAUGUGCAAACAGUAAACAUUGAUGUGAGGAAGGACGUGGCGUCAGAGAAGGGUAUCCCAGAAAACACAGACAGCGAAGACCCAGUGGUGUGUCUGGACAAAAAACCUGUCAUCAUCAUUUUUGAUGAACCGAUGGAUAUUAGGUCAGCUUAUAAGCGGCUUUCUACAAUUUUUGAGGAAUGUGAUGAGGAGUUGGAGAAAAUGAUGACAGAGGAAAAGAUAGAAGAGGAAGAGGAGGAGGAAGAAAAUGAAGCACAUGAGAUCUCUGAGAGCCAGAAGGAAGAGGCACCAGUAGUUAAUGACAGAAGAGCAAUCGCAGAGUAUUCAGCAGCUCACAGUCUCAACGAGCAGUACGUAUUUAACCUUCAGUCUUCCUGUGACCCUGGAGAAACCAGACCUCCUCCACAGGAGGAAAGCACAAAGACAAAUAUUAACAAAUACCGUCAGAUCUAUGGGCUAAACACAGAAGCAAACUUGGACUCUGCCAAUCAGUUUGGAAGCAGGCAGGAUUCUAAGAAAAAAUUUAAGUUCAAAUUCCCUAAAAAGCAGCUGGCUGCUCUGACGCAGGCAAUACGGACAGGAACCAAGACCGGGAAGAAGACCUUGCAGGUUGUGGUCUAUGAAGAAGAGGAGGAAGAUGGGACCCUGAAGCAGCACAAGGAAGCAAAGAGAUUUGAAAUCACCAGGUCUCAGCCUGAGGACAGUGACAAAAGUCCUUCUGGGAAGCAAGAGGGACCCCCCGGAGCUGCAGUGUCCCUGUCUAGGACUGACGAAAUUCGACAGAGUACAUACCGAACGCUAGACAGCCUUGAGCAGACUAUAAAGCAGCUGGAAAACACCAUCAGUGAAAUGAGUCCAAAAUCUAUCCCUGAAAGCACAUACAGCUCUGAGGGAAGCACUGUCCCCUUCUCUGCCCAGAUAGUACCAGAGACCCCACCCCGAGAGCUUUUAGUGCUGGAUGAGAGCCUUGCUGGCAUAGAGCCCCCUCCGUCAAUCCCAGCCACUUCACGUAAGGGCUCCAGCGCUGCCUCCCAGACAAGCCGGAUGCCGGUCCCCAUGGCCUCAAAAACUAGACAAGGAAGCAUGGAGAAAGCAGGCAAACAGCACAAGCUGCAGGAUCCACGCCAAUACAGACAGGCUAAUGGAAGUGCUAAGAAAGCUGGUGGGGACUAUAAGGCUACUUCCCCUACCCUACCUGCUUCUAAGAUCCCAGCCUUUUCUCCCACUUCUGGGAAAAGCAGCUCAGCACCUGCUUCUAGCGGUGACAGCUCUAACCCUCUUAAUCCACCUACUAAAACCUCCAUUCCUUCCUCUAACCUUCUCGGUCCUCAGACAGGUCGCAUAACCUACUCUACCUCCCUCAUCCCCUCUGUCUCUAACGGCUCCUCCAAGUUUCAGAGCCCCACUUACCCAGGGAAAGGUCACCAUCUCUCCUUCUCACUACAGACUCAAAAUGGCCGGCCACCCCCUCCUUCCUCCUCUACCUCCCCCCCCUCCUCUACCUCUCCCACUUCACUGAACCAAGGUAUGAAGAGCAUCAGGACAAUCCACACACCUAGCUUCACCAGCUACAAGGCACAGAACGGAAAUGCCGGCAAGUCCACCCCAUCCACGGCCAAGGAGCCAUCCUAA